AAACAAACACUAAAAUAGAUUCACCUUGAACUUUGUACGUACACAAAACGCGAAAACGAAACUACAGUUACAGGUGUGUGGUGAAAUACGCAGUAAUAAGUUACUGAAUUUUCGAAAAAACGAAAAAAGGAUGGAUUCGGACUCGGAGUUCCCUGGCGUUAUUGACUUGAAUGUGUCGGGCACGCACUUCCGAACGCUAUUGUCCACAUUGACAAAAGAUGAGGACAGCGAGCUGGCAGCCAUGUUCACAGGACGUAGUCCAGUUUAUAAAGACAAAGAUGGCCGGUAUUUCAUAGAGGCGGAUCCUACGUCGUUCAGAGCAAUUCUACAUUUCUUGCUCUAUGACGAACUGCCAUUCAAGGAUACCGGGUUUUCUCCUGCUGCAGGGUAUCACGGCGGAGGAGGGUUGUUUGGUGGAUUUUCCGGCAACAAUAACAUUAACACACGAAAUAUUGAGAUGCUGUACAAAGAUUCUGUAAAUCUUGGACUUAAAAGACUUUCAGAAGCCAUGAAAUUGUUUCAGGCUAAUUUCAUGAAUUCUAAAAUGGAUGAAUAUCGUCUUAAAAUUCGCGGAUAUGAUAAAACUAUGGCGGCAAUAUUGGAUAUUAUUCCUGCAGAAUCAUUGUUUCAUAAAACGGAGUUUACUGUUAGAAUAAAGCAAGAUUUGCAGACCAUUGAAGAACAGAAAUGCUGUGAACAUGAUUGUAAAACUUUGACUCCUAGAUUGUUUAAUGGCCAACAGUAUGUCAGAAACAUAAAUGCUAUAGUGAAAGUUCAGUUCGAGGUUAACCCGACCAUUCUGUCAGCCUUUGCUAUCGACUUUCAAAACCGAGGAUAUACAGUUCAAGGUUCAUUGGAAAUGUGUGUGUUUGAAUGCAAGAAAGACGUGAAACAAUCAAGAUAUAUCGUGUUUGACACACAUAAAUUAAACUGCUGCACAGAAGAACUAUUUCUUUUGAACUUUAAGUGGGAUAUGGACACUCAUGUUGUCAAACAACAAGGCAUAUUUGGAACGAAGAAUGCUGCAUUCAACCAAGUUGCACAAAACACAGGUUUUUCAUUUGGCGGCAAAGAACAGAAUCAGCAGUCAAACGCCGGUUUAUUCGGAAGUGUUCAGCAAUCUAAUAUUGGCUCCAAAUCACCGCAGCCACAGAACAAUGGAAGCGGGUUCGGCAAAGCAACUGGGUUCGGUUCUGUGCUACAACCAGCAUCUUUUAACGCGGGAAAUACGGGUUUUAUUAAGUUUGGAGGAACACCGCAGCAAGGGGCUGAAUCUGGCAAUCAGCAACUAGGAUUAUUUGGACAGGGUCAAAGCUUUGGCAAAGGUUCUGAGCCGGAAGAGCAACAAUCCCUUUUUGGCAAACCUUCCCAGCAACAAGGAUCAAACUUAUUCGGAUCGUCCGCCUUUAACAGCCAGCAAAGCACGGCAGAAGCUGGUAAAAACGUAUUUGGUAAGAAUCAAAACCUAACGUUUGGACAAAUGCAACAGAAAGGAAGUCCAAGUUUUUCAUUUGGUCCUCCUCCACAAAAGCAAUCAACGAAUUUUGGUCCGUCAUUUUUUGGAAAGUCGCCAAGCAAAGAUCAGUCUGUUUUUGGGGGUAAACCAGUGUUUCAAAGUAGUUUUGGCUUUGGGAGUCCACAACAGCAAACAGUUACAGUGAGUCCUGGCCCAAGCAACGCUAAGAAAACGACAGCAGACGAUAAACCGGAAGUAUUAUUUGGAAAACCAUCAUCAACAGCGGCAAUUAUAAGACCGGGGGAGAACACAUUGCCGUCAGAGCCAAAUUAAAUAAAUAAAUAAAAAUAUUGUUGAACCUUAUAAGCAACAAAAACCUGGAGACAUUGUGAUCUUAUUUGAAGGUUUUAUUUCGAAAUAAAAAACAACAACAUUUAUUCAUUGCAAGAAUAUUUAACUGUCAAGAAUGUUUAGAAAUAAAUAAUUACCACACGUGAA